AUGCCCCUGGAAAAUUGGUCUUCGCGUCUGGGCGACGGCUACCCUCGCUACGAAAACGACCGCUACAUGCGCACCCCCUACGAAGAGCACACGCUUCGCGACCUCGAUCGCGCCAACGAUCCGUAUGCCAGCCCACCCCGUCGAACCCGUGACGACUCGCCAGAAGACCGUCGCCGCUUCCGCGAAGAACAGCGUGACCUCCGUCCCCCACCGCCACCAGUCUUAGCCGUCACCCUACCCACCGAAGAGCAGCGCCGCUCGAACACUCCAGACCAGCGCCGUGGACCGUACGCAGGCUAUCGCCGAGGAUCUGAGACGCCACCACCAGGUCCUCGUGCUUCUAGGUACAGGGUGCCCGGCUACGAGGAGGUGGCGAGGGAUGUACCGCUACCACGCCCCAACUCGCGCGAGCGUCUCCGCUACGAGCCACCAGGGCCCUCCGCCGACCCCUUCAAUCCCAACUACGGUGUCGCUGAUCGUCCAUACGGAGGCGGUCCACCACCACGCAACCCUUACGGCCCAGGUGGGAGAAUCUAUGACAGGAGCCGCGACAACUCUCCGCCCCGCCGCUCCCGCUCCCGUGAUCGGAACGACGUUGUAGAUCCGGAGCCGAAUCGUGCCCAUCACUACCAGGCGCGUGUUGGGGAGGAAUGGGGUCUGGGUGAGCGCGAAGCCCAUCGUGUUCGCCGCCGUCAUGAGGACCGCAUGCGUCGUGAGCACUCUUGUCGCCGUCGUAGGUAG